AUUAAUACUGUUAAAUACGUAGAGUCAUUAGAUAAUGCCGGGGAUAGUUAUAAAAGAAUAGGCGGAUGCGUUCUGGUCAUCAUUACGUUGUGUAUUGUCGAAGGAGAACCAUGAAGUUCCUGCUGCUCACCGUAGCCUGCGCAGUGGCCGUCUCAGCCGUGCCCUAUGGCCCUAUCCCGGCCUACGGCGGCGGCAUGGGCAUGGGCAUGGGUAUGCCCAUAGGCGGCGGGCUGGGCAUGGGUGGUGUCGGCGGCGGCCAGUACGGCGGUGGUCAGCAGUUUGGUGGCGGCAGCUCUGGGUACGGAGGUGGUUCUUCGAUGGGAGGUAGACAGCAAGGAUUCCAGCAAGGUGGACAACAGAGCAGCUUCCAUCAGGUAACAUCAGCCCAGCAGUCAUCUGGUGGAGCCUCAGGUGGUUCCUCCGGCUUCGGAGCCCAGCAGGGCGGCGGUGGCUUUAACAGCUUUGGACAAGGGGCAUCCGGCUUCGGGGGAAGCGGCUUCGGCAAUUCGCUAGUCGGAAAGUAGAUGAUGAUGAUGGCUGAAUUUCCAAUGAAGAUUUUCUUCCAGAUUUCAAUGAUUUCGUUUAAGAAGAUUUGAAGAUAUUUGAUCGACUUGACUUACUUAAAGAAAUAAAUGCUAUCAAUAUUGGAGAACC